UUUGGUUUGUUAUUUUGAUAUGGUUGUUUAUAGUGAUGCUAUUAUGUUUGUUUGUUUUUCUGAGAAACCUGUAUCGUUGCUUUUAUACUUGUUAUUCUCUUCUUGAUGUCGAUAUCCUCAGGUUCUUGAUUUCCAUUUUCUCCGUCACUUUCUCCCUCCUUUGUGCCUCUAUCCUUCGUAUUAUCCCCGUAAUUCCUCUCUGCCUGACUCGACCUCCUCGACCCCCGCAGAUCGACCACGAGGAACCUAUGGGACCUAAGGGCAAGACCCCCUGGAUCACCCUCAACGGCGAAGACAUGGGGGACUCGCAGAUGAUCAUGGAGAAGCUCGCGGCCAAGUUCGGGAAGGAAUUCGACACUCAUUUGUCGCAGGAGGAGAAGGCCGUGGCUCAUUCUCUGCGCAUCAUGGUGGAUGAGUACUUUGUCUGGUGUCUCGGUGUCUAUCGCUAUGGCCAGGAGCGCGGUCGCCACUUGGCCUUGAACGCGUCCAUCCCUUGGUUUUACCGUCCUGUGCUGGCCAUGUACUUUAAGAGGUAUUUGGAGGCCGCUAAGACCCAAGGCAUAGGGCGACACAGCUACAGAGAUAUAGAAGAGAUGGGAAGGAAAAGUCUUCAGUCGUUGUCGGCUUGGCUUGGUGAGAAGCCCUUCAUGAUGGGCGCCAAUCCAACAGAUCUGGACUGCAGUGUCUUCGGCAUGCUUGCGUUCGACGUGUUCUGUCCUCCCCUGUCGCCCUUCAAGAGGAUGCUCGAGAAGGACUACAGAAACCUCCACGCCUACUGCCACCGCAUGAAGGAUAAAUUUUGGCCAGACUGGGAUAAGUGCCUCGACCCGCACCACCACUGAAAAGCAGGGUGCCAUGUGCAACGGGGUGGAGAAAGGGAGAUGCAACAGUUAUGCAACAAGUGUAGUUAGAGAGGAGAGAGAGAAAGAGAGAGAGGAGAGAGGGGAGAGAGAGAAAGAGAGAGGGGAGAGAGAAAGAGAGAGCGGAGAGAGGGAAAGAGAGAAAGGAGAGAGAGAAAGAGAGAGGAGAGAGAAAGAGAGAGAGGAGAGAGGGAAAGAGAGAGGAGAGAGAGAAAGAGAGGGAGGAGAGAGAGAAGAGAGAAAGAGAGAGACCGACUGGUAAUUAGUUGUUUUUUUCUUUUUCUUUUUAACUAGAACUGCAGCGAGGUCGAGUAAUGUGUAAUUAUAUGCCAAGGUAUUAGCAAAGGUGCUUUGAAAUAUUCCUUAUUUCUCAAAGUGUAAGGAACAAUUUAUGUGAUAGAAUACAUGACAAUAUUUUUCAGUUGAUUAUAUGACACGUGUUUUGUGUUUCUGGUACUAAGAAGAAAAUAUGGGUGGCUGCUGUAAAUUGCAUUUUCUGCUUUGAAUUGAUAGCGUACUAAUUCUUUGAGAACUAUAUCUAACUCUUUUAUCUGUUUUAAUGUCUUUGAUGUACUGUGUGAAUAAAUGUGAUCAAAUAUUA